GCAUGCGCACUGUAAAUCACCAAAGCCCUAAAAUCACCAAAGCUUGUUUUUCUAGUACGCAGCAGCCGCUCAACAGUGAUGGAUGGAUGCAUUUGGAAUUCAUAAGCAUGCAAAAAUAAAAAUGUACGACUUCAUCCAACGCUAAAGCACAAGGAACGGAAAAGAAAGGAGUGGGUGAUUAUUUCAGCAGGGCCAAAUGUCUUCCAAUAACAGCAUCAUGUCCAAGAACAUCCGGACGGAGUACAUGAAGAAGUUCAGAGAUCCCAAGUGGCAGACGUUCUCGAAAUGUUACGAGGACUCUGUGAAAUACAGACUGACGCGGAGGCUGAUGGAGCAGACACACAGACCGUUAUUUGGGGACGGAUGGGACAGCGGGUCCGACUCGAGCGGAAGGUCCAGUCCCAAACUGCAAGACGGGAACGUCUCGAAUGCCAAACACUACACAUCCUCAUCAGAGUCCAAGAACGAGAACGCAGAGGUUCAGAGCUCCUGGAAGCCACAGGUGAAUGGAGAAGUUCACACAGAUACGAGUGCAACCGUGGAAAGCUCACGUCCCUUGGAGAAUGGUUAUAAAGAUGUGACUCCUAACGGACCAUCAGAAUCGAAUCCAAAACGGCGACAGAGACAGCGGGCGCCCCGUUCAGAGCCAUGCUACCCUAAUAAAGUGCUGGAUAGUGAUGAAUCUCAGCUAUCUGUAUCAAGAAAACCAUCCAGGGCUAAGAGCCAACCACCGGGCAACACCAAGGAGCGGACGUCCAACCGUGAGAACAGACGGUCUUUUAUCCAUUAUGACUGGGCAGAAAGGCACAUUGAGACCAGGGACCGAAGGACACCAGAUAUGAGAACAUCUAUGUCCGCUGGAGAGAUACAUCGGGCCGACGUGGGCGUCCAGACACGAAGAGAGGCUAAAAAUGAUGGAAGAUCAUCAGAGCGCCGGCGGGCGAGGUCCGCUGACCCGGAGAAGUCCCGAAGAUCAGCACUGAGUGGGGCGGACGAGCGCUGGAUGACCGAGUACAUGCGCUGCUUCUCUGCUCGACUGAGAUAGAGGCUGAUCCAGGACCAGUUCAUGUCACUGGAUUUGAUACGAGGAGGCCGCAAGAAAAAGAUCCCAAACCAGCACUACAGAAGAGUUUGAUGCCACUGAACAACUGACAACAAAAACUGAACAAAAAGUUACACGCACUCCUUUAAAUUCAAUACGAUAUACCGAAGUUCUUUAUGAAAUAUUACAAUACUUCAUAUUUUUUGAUGCUGGUUACAGUCACUUUCUCAUGAAUGCAUUUAAGGACCAAACAUUGAUCUACUACAACCAAAACACAUUUGGUAUCACAAAUACUUUGUUUUUAAUUUGUUUCUAAUUAUUUAUUGGCAUUUAAUGAACAUUUUAUUUCCAGAUCUUCUGUCAUGAUUUUUAACUGCAGGGAUUUAAUGAUCAAAUUGCAUUUUUGAGUGGACCAAGCAUUUCAUGUAAAGAUGGGUGAUUUGUUUCUGACUCGGAUGCUUGUUGAUUCUGAAGCGUCCAGAAUGUUAUGUCAGCUGUAAAACGUACUGUUCUUUUGAAUGUGAUUGACGAUGUUUGGUUUGUUUUAAUCGAUCACAUGGUGAAUGAAUUUGUGUUUGAGAGGCCGUGUUAGAAGUGCAGUGUUGUGCAGCUAUAUCCUUUUGCAAGUCGUGAAAUGUUUUCUAAAAAAGUGUAUUUUCCUCACCGGUCACCAACAAUCAUCAUUUAAAUCCACUUUUUGCACAAAGAUGUCAAGUAAUUAAUAUUUUUAGAUGGGAAAAUAAUUGAGGGCUAGUUGAAGGCCAUCGUUUGAUUCUUGUGUUAUUUAUUAGAGCACAGAUUUGAUAUAAAAAUACAUAUGUGCACACAUGUAUAUAUUUAGCUUCUCUGUGGUGUUUCAAAUGCAUCAGCACUGAUCAUAGACACGUUGAAUGUGUCGUGACCCUUUACUUGAACCUUCGUGGUUCGCUGGGAGACCUUUCCUCUGCUCUUUAUCUUCAUAACUGGUUGCCUGGACUUUUUUUAUUCAGUUAUUCACUCAUCAUUUCAUAAAAGGAAACUCGUUCAGUUUCAGGCUACUGACACUGUUGUUCUUGAAUGAAGUAUAUGAAAUAUGCUAACUUGUGUUUACAUUUUGACCACUGUAUUUGUACAUCCGAACAUGCACAGGUAGAUAUAUUUUCACCUGCAGAACAGAAGUACUCUUAAUGCAUUGCUAUGAAUAAACUAUGUUUGAGUAACAUCAUGU